GAAAUGAAAUACCUGGCGUGAACCAAAGAGCAACCGGCUGGAGAGCCGUUAAAAGCUCCUGAAGGUGGUAUGUACGCAGCACCUUCAGUACUGGGCUGAGCUGAUGAGGUCUACGUGGAGCCAAAAAGGUCAGCCGAGAACAGCGGCUGGCGGGUAGGACGGGGUCCACUCUGUCAACCCGGCAGGCGUUCUGCAAACAUUGGGGGGGAUAUUGGGGGAAAAAAACUUGAUGGCGGAUUUAAAAAAACAGUUUAGACUACCCCAGGAGGGUUCCAAAUGCAACGCAGGAGGAGAGUCCCUCACUGACAAAACGUCAGUCUGCCCCACGUAUUCUGGGGGGGGCAAAGUUCGCUCACCAAAUUUGAUGGUAGGAGGAAAAACAGAGAAGUUUGAAGAGGUUGGAGAUCCAUUUGCGAGAGGAAGAACUAUACAGAGAACGCCACCAGGACUUACGAAAGAACAGGAAAGCAUGAAUACUGGGAGUGAUGCUUCUGCAGAUACUGGUGAAACUGACAACUGCGAAGAUGAUACACCAUCCAAAGAAGGAGAAAGACGGCCAAAAAAACGGAAGAAAGUAUCCAGUCCAAUUAUGGUACAGCCAAGUGAAAUAGAACCGUCCGAAGAACUAAUGAAAAUUAAGGCUAAAGUUGAAGAACUAGUAAAUUUCACAAAAGGUAAUAAAAAAGUGCAUCACGAAGUAAAAACAUUUGCAUUGGAUUUGACAAGCCUAGUUAGGCAGACGGUUAUAAAAUACAAAUAUGAUACGGUUAAGUUCUACGAACUCCAACAGGAAUUCAAUACGUAUAAAGAAACACAGGAACAACGCGUCUCAGAACUAUCAGAACAGAUAGAGUAUAUUAGACAAGAUUAUGAAAACAGAUUUGAGCAACUAAGUAAUGAGCGUGGGGAUUCCUACGUAGAAUGCAAUUUAAUUUCCAAGAAGUUAAAUUUAAACCAUCAGGAUAUUAAGGACUACGACAACCUGCUGACAAAACUUCAUUUGGAAUGGACCUUAGAUAGUUUUAGAAAUGUAAAGAUCGUCCACGGAGACAUCUUCCAAAAUGUUUGCAACAACGUUGUAUAUUUUUGUGAAGAGCAGACAAAAUCUCAGUCAAGGAGUGGAAAAAGAGUUCUCAAUAGAUAUCCAGAAAUCUUAGAAGGAGAAAGAAUCAUCUGUGACGGUGGGAGCUACAACAUAAUGGAACAGUCGGUAACCCUUCUGACGAGCGAAGAUCGUAAAAUGAGGACUAACAAGGUCGUUGUUGCUUUCUAUGAUCCGACCAAGCAGGAUGGUAGGAGCCAACACGACGUCUUUAAGUUGUGUGAAGAAAUAAAACGAUUGGCAGAGAAAUUUAAUAUGAAAGAAAUAUCCAUUGUCAAUCCACAGGGCGUAUCAACCGACGUCAUGAGGAAAAUGCUUGAAACAAUCUUCCAUAAUACGGACAUAUCAGUAUUCCUGAAAGCAAAGAAGAAUAAAUUACAAGAAAAAAAGAAUACAAAUAAAAAAACAGAUGAAAUAAUAGUUAUUAAAGGAGAUACAGAUUCAUAUGCAUAUGUAUUAAAGAAGUUAAAGAACGGCUUAAAGGGAAGAGACGCUUUAGAACAAAUUAAAGGUGUUCAAGAAACAAAAAAAGGUGACAUUUUAGUAAAGGUUAAAGAAAAUGCCGAAGGAGUAACUAAAAUUAUCAAAGAUAUAGUACAAAAUAAAAAAAUUAAAACGUUAAUCAGAAAAACUAAAUGCACUUUACAUAUUAAAGACAUUGAUAGUAUCGCAGACAUAGAAGAAGUAAGAACAGCAGUACUAGAUACAAAUAUAGUUCAAUCACCAGACAUUCUAGCAGUCAGAUCCUUAAGACCGAUGAAGAAUGGAAAUCAAAUAGCAACAAUAGUCCUGGAUAAAACAGACGGAGAAGGCAUACUAAAAAUUAACAGACUUAGGAUAGGAUUAAGUAUAUGCCAAGUCUAUCAAAGAAUAGACGUUCUUAAAUGUUACAGAUGCUGGUCAUAUGACCAUAUAGCAGCAAAAUGCUCUGGGGAGGAUAGAAGUCUAAAAUGUCACUGUUGUGCUCAAGAAGGCCAUUUAGCCAGGAACUGCACCAACGAAGCCUUCUGCCCACUCUGUAACACAGAAGGUCAUUCAUCAGGUAGCGGAAGAUGCAAGUUCUUCCACCAAGCCCUGGCUAGGACGAACAGAAGACGACGGGAUUCGGUGUCAACUAGAUAUCAGCAUUCACAGUCCUUCAAGUGA